UGUUCUUGUCCUCCGAAGAGAAUUAUUACUAUACAAGCAGCCGAGCGAGCUGCGGAGUUGCAGUUAUUUCUUCGUCAGCAAUAUAGCAGCAGACCAACAGGCAAGCUGACAAACAAGAUUCUGGUUUCUUCAAUCACACAGUGUGUCGUAUCAGCAACGGCUGUAGUUAAUGGGAGAGAAAUGGAUAGCCUGGGAGAAUAUCUGCAAGACCGAUUUCUAAAGAAAACUUAUUUUCUUCUUAAUGGGGAAGUCAGAUCGUAUCAAAUUUCUUAACUGCCUGUAGUUAGUGUUGUUUGGAGUCCUGCGGCUGAAGAAGCUGGUGUGCUUUAAUUGACUUUAACAAAAAAAAAUGAAGCUUGCAGUGCUGGACCUGGGAACCAUAUUUGCAAACAUUUUCAAGACUUCCGCCUCUCCUGUUGUCCCGCCAGCGGGUUCCUCCAACAGUGGGCCAUCAGUAUCUUCAGCUAAAGCAACGCCUCUCACUUCUUCCUUGUUCAGUGUCUCCGGGAAAGCCUCUGGACUUUCUGCAAGCGGCUCUGCUCCAGGCAGCCCCGCCACCGUCAAAAACAGCAGCCCCUCUCUCCCAGCCCCGGCCACUGUGCCCAAGCCCGCCGGCCUGAGUCCAGGGAGUGCAAAUCAGAUCGCAGCCCCGCCACUUCCGUCCUCCAACCUGGCCGCUUUCAGUGCAUUAAAACCCGUGCCAGCUCAGACCGGAUCAAACAACAACAUCAUUUCUGGCUCGGGAAGGUCCUCGGUAUCCGUUGAGGAUAGCGUUACGUGGAAACUGUCGAACAAGCAACAUCCCAUCACAUUACCCAACAUCGGCGAGGAGGGACUCACAGAUACUGAUUCAAUAGAAAGCAGCAAUGGAAACAGAAAGGGAAUAUCAAAAGGAGUUGACUGUCAUCACUUUCCUGAGAAAACCAGUGAUUCACUUCCAACUAAUUUCACUGAACAUGUUCAAGGAGCAAUUCAGGGUUACAACAGUAAUGUGUCCAUCGUAUCUGAAUCAUUAAGUGGGCAGACCUCACCAGCAGACCUUCAUCAUUCUUGGUCUGCAAUCCAGAGUUAUACAACAGGCCUGUCCACAGAGCGCAGUUCAGUUUACUCCUGGAGAGAUGAUGAAUUUGACAAGGCAAACACACGAACAGUGCACCAGUUGUUCUGGGAAAUCGAUGAGAUGCUGUUUGAGGGAAAAGUUAGCAGUCGUACUGAAAGCAUUCAAACAGAGUGUCGGGAAUGGACGGAACGUUCACCCCAGCUCAGGAUUUUGGGAACUCAGCUCUUGAUGCCGAAAGAUGAAGGUUUUCAACAUUUCCAGAGCAGAGAAAGCAACUCCAUAACAACUCGGACAUUAUCUAGUUUCGGUGAUAGCACUGGCAAUAUGAAGGAGCUGAGCCUGUCAGGCCUACGUCUGCUUCCUGUACAAUCUCCUUAUCACAGUGGCUUGGAAUCAAACUCCACUUUGAGUUCCCUUGAUUCAGACUCCUCCGUUCUCUCAUUCCUAGAGGAAGAGAUCUUUGAUGUGGAUGGAAAGAUUGAAGAGUAUUUUGCAUAUGACAGUAAAGAAUGUUUUAGUGAUGAUGAGAGUUUGCAACAAAAAAAUGUUCAACUUGCUCGAAGGAGAAAUAAACGAGGCAUUCCGCCCAUUUCUCCCAACGCCUGUAUUAAAGAUGCUGCCUCAGCAGAGAUAUUCGAUGACAUCUGGCGGGGUGUGAUUGAAACGUUGGAAGAGCUAAUCAGGAAACAAUGGGAAAACACCCUUUCAGACAGAGAUAAGCAGACAGUGAAUAUGCAGAGUGCAAUAAUGAGCAAACUCCCUCGGAUCAGUGAUUCUCGAAUCGUCGUAACAAGCUAUGGUAUUCCACCUUCCCGAGGCUCUGAGACACGUGUCUUAGCAUUAGGUACAUCUUUGAUUCACUCUCAGGCUUACCGUAUGACAAAUAGUUCUCGUAAUGAUUUAAAUGGUGUGAUGACGAUUCAAGCCAAACCACUACAGCAGAGACAUGCAGGAUUACCUGACAAAACACAGUGUGAGCAGGAUGAAAAGCAGUUAAGUGCAGGCUCCAGUAUUUUGUCCACAAUACGUAAUCGCCUGGGACGGAGUACAGAUUACAGUGUUCUGUCAGCAUCCCGUAUCAUGCAGGCAUCUUCACGAAAGACAGGUUCACAACGUAAGCUGCCCUCCCUCGGUUCAGAGCUGUUAAAGGCAAAGGCUGCAAACGUCUACAGUGAUGAGAUUCUUCGAGGAACUAAACUUGCAAACUCUUCUGCAACUUACAAGAGUAGUCAAUAUGUUGAAAGUAAUGCUAAAACCUACAAUGGAACAAGACAGCAAUUAUAUCAACACUUCACAUUUAAGAGGCACAUUGGCACUCCUCGUAAUAACCAAUUACCACCUAUUCAUACAGAAUCAACAGAAGCACAAUUUCCCACAUUUGGAUCAAGAUAUCAACUGAGAGGAAGAUUCUCACAUAGCAGAGUGUCAAGUGCCAUUGGGGAAGGAACAGGUCGACAGACUCUCAGGGAGCGACCAAUCACAAUCGACACUUCUUCACGGCCGAAUACAACACAUACAUUUCGGUCCGAUACACCAUUCAAACGGUCUUUCACACCAAUGGACUAUAACAGUCACGCUCGAACACGGAGGGCUUCCUUCACAGAUCAUGCUGGAAUUGGUGUGACUGGCAUCAGCCUCGGAAUUUCUGCCUCCAGCUCUAAUUAUCCCACAGAUUUUGCACAUCACCAUCAUCACCUGUUAAACCAGCCACCCAUCGAAGGCGAUGAGGACGAGUAUCGAAUAACAUGGGGUCCACAAGCACAUUUUCAGUCCAAACCUUUUAAUCGUCUUCCUACAAGUUCCAGAAAACGAUCCCAAGUGGUUUCGUAGGUAAAGUCAGUUGAAGCACUAAAGAGUGGGAAGCUCGAGGAUUAAUGAAGAUGGUUUGCUUACAUCAGGUCACGAACAGGACUAGCUUCAUUAGAAGAAAACAUAUGAAGUAUUGAAAGGCUCACCAUGAAGCACUUAAUUUUGUACAGUGACUGACGGUGUACAGUGUUGUUAGCUGUCUUCCUAUUAAUUAAUACCUAUUAAACAAACUAUACAAAAAUUGUACCAAUUUUAUAGGUACAUACAAGACUAUUUGUCAAGGUAGCUUGCAGUGGAAAGCAACAUUUCCUUGUAUUGUAACUACCAACCUGACACUUGUAUUCUAUUGUUCUUAAUUGUUCAUUAUUCCAACAUGCUACUUAUACCUCAAUAACCUACUGACAGGCAGCUACUGCAAGUCCAUGUUUUGCUAAUUAAGAAGCUAGACAGCUUUAACAAGUUCAGUCUGUAUUGUUGAGAGAGCUUUUGUUGAAUUCACUGUGAGCAAGGUAAAGUGAAAUAAUCAGUUUGCAAGUAUGCCAUGGAAAUGCAAUUUAUUUCUUUCUAGAUAUGUGUGCUUCUUCGUAGAUUGUCAGUAUUUGUAAGACAAAUAUCUGUGGCAUAUUCUUGUCAUCU